AUGGAUAUAACUUCGCGAUGGAUUCUGUACAGAACUGGUAAACCACCUCCUGGUGCUAGGCAAAGUGGAUAUGCCAAGAAAUUUACCCUAAAUUAUUUCCAAUGGACUGUCAUCUGCCUCGUUUUGUGUUUUAAGGAUAUUCAUUGUCAAGACAGGAUACGAAUCCAGCCCUUCCACUUUCCGAGCAACGUCAAGGAAGGUUUGAAAGUCCAAGCUCUCUGUAGUUUACUAGAAGGAGAAGCUCCUGUUCAUUUCACAUGGCAGAAAGAUGGAGAAUCUUUACUUUCCAAUGAUAAUGUCAAUAUGAUGGCUCAUGGUGAUUUUUCAAGACUUGUGAUUAACAAUGUGGACGUGCAAAGCUCAGGAAACUACACGUGCAUCGCGAAGAAUAAUCGAGGACAAGACAUGCACUCGGCUCACCUUGCUGUCAGAGGUCCCCCAAAGUGGCUCCGGGAACCAACGGACACAUCAACUUCCGUGGGGGAGUCUGUGACCCUGACCUGCGCGACCUUUGGAUAUCCUACGCCGGACGUUAUCUGGAGGAAAGCAAACGACACUUUCCCCGAUCACUGGACGCAGUUGACUAGUAGCCAGCAUCUUAAAGUUGAAAACAAUGGAUCUUUAACCAUCCUUAGCGUCCAGAAUGAAGAUUCUGGAUCAUACCAAUGUCAAGUCAGCAACGGUAUUGGUGAGGGCCUCCAAAAAACUGUAUCGCUCAGUAUUAAAGGUAAAACAGCUGGCUAACAUUUAGAACAUGGGCACAUAAUCUUCGUUGAUUUGUCAAAUAUUCGGUUCUACAGUUAACCGUUGUUCGAAUGUGUAGGUACAUCAU